CAUCACGAUGUAGCACUCCUCUUGCUCGACGCGGGCGCUCCGGUCGACAAACCGAACACAAUGCAGGAGACUCUAUUACAACACGCAUCGCAAAGAGGCUGGUGCGGGGCGAUGAGAUGGUUGUUGAAUCGCGGCGCUCUGGUGGAAGGGAGGGACGAAAUCAACCGCAGCACGCCACUGCACGUAGCCGCACUAAACGGCCAGGAGAACGCAGCUGUCCUCUUGCUCAACGCGGGCGGUCAAGUCGACGCUCGGAACAGGUUCUCAGGAACCCCGCUCGACAGUGCUGCCAGACAUGGACAGACCAGGCUAUGCAAACUGCUGCUGAGUCGUGGCGCGUCGCUCGACGCUACCAACUCCCAGGGUCUUGACCCC